AUGUCUCACGAGAUACUUUCCGACAAGAAAAUGUCUAUCAGCUCUCUGGGGAAGCAGGUUUCUUCCCUGUCUUCUGACGUCGCUGCAUAUCUUGCCAGAACUCCUUUCCCCAGCCCAAGCUUCGAGGCGGACGGGGGUGAUGUCCCGGAGGACCCUGAAUACGAAGCCCUGCGCGCGUCUCUGAACGACGCAGCCCUCGAUCUCCUCCGCCUGGUCAACGGGCCCAAGACCACGCUUCGCGAUCUGUUCUUCUCGCACUACGACCUCGCAGCCCUACAGAUUGCGCUCUCCCGCAGAUUCUUCAACCACGUGCCCCUCGUCCCCGCCUCAGCAAAUGGUAACGGUGUGGCUGGGGCGAGCAGCAGCGCCGCCGAGGUUGCUGCCAAGGCGGGCAUGGACGAGGGCCGCGCCGGCGCCCUGCUGAAGCUCCUCGCGACCCGUCGCAUUUUUGAGCCAGUCGACCACGGUGAUGGGGUCGAGCGCUUUAAGCACACCGCAAUUUCGGCCUCGUUGGCACGAGAUGCUGAGUAUCAUGCCCUGGGAGACAUGCAACUGGACGACAUUUUCAAGGCGUCGUCCGAGUUAUCGACCCUCGUUGCUCGAUCGCCCCAUGCUUCCAGUGCCACCGAGUCGGCUUUUCACCAGCGCUUCGGCGUCCCGGUGUAUCAGUACUACGAGCGGAACCCGGAAAAGGGAAAACGCUUCGCACAAGCCAUGAGCAGUUGGUCCAAGGUUAAUGAGAGGGGGACUGAGCUCCGUGAUAGCUUUGCGUGGGCGUCUUUGGGCAAUGGAAAAGUUGUCGACGUUGGCGGGGGAAGCGGGCACAUAUCCAUCAGACUUGCCCGAGAGUUCCCUGAAUUGCGGUUCGUUGUCCAAGACAUCUCUCCCCUCCAGCUCUCUCAUGACCAAGAAGACCUCGAGGGCCGCGUGACUUUCCAGCAGCACAACUUCUUCAGCCCGCAGCCUGUCCACGAUGCGUCGGCCUUUUUCCUUCGACAGGUCCUGCACAACCACAAUGAUACGGAUUCGCUCAAGAUCCUGCGUGCCCUGGUGCCUGCUUUAGAGAAGUGUGGCCCAAAGACGCCGGUGUUGAUCAACGAUGUCAUUCUUCCCGAAAGCGGCACGGUUUCGCGGUUUGAGGAGCAUCUGCUGAGACAAGCCGAUGUUUCGAUGCUGGUGAUAUUUGGUGCUAAGCAGAGGAGCCAGCGAGACUGGGACAAGUUGUUAAAGAAGGCCGAUCCGCGGUUUGUCAUUGUGGACGUGCAGAGGAACCCGCUAGGUGUGGGCUUGUUACAGGUCCAUCUCUUGAGUUAG